CGCAACGCCCUUGUGGUCUGGCAACCAAGGUGACCUUUCGCGAGCAAAUUUUGCUGUAGGUGCUGCACGUCGAGAUUUCCGAGGGUACAAAUUCAACGUUCCUAUCGAUUUUCUGCACAUACCUUCAUCAUGAUUGCCCGCCUAGCAGCUCAAAGGACACUGCAGUGCAUGCUGAGGAGGCCCGCGGCGCGGCCCUCGACCUCGUACGCGCCCGACCACUUCAAGCCGCCGACAAUGGACGAUCUGCCCAAGUUCCUGGGGCCCUGGGAGGAGCACUAUGCCAAGCGCCAGGCCAAGUUCAACAUGCAGCUUGCCGCGGCGGUCGCCUUCUUCCUGACCACCUCAUUCGUGGUGUACUCCUUGGACAUUGUCGACUUUGUGGACCCUCCCCCAAUGAAGAACAAGGACUGAGAAUUCUGCAUAGGGCGGCUCUUGUCCGUCUUUCAUUUUCCCUUUAUUUGUAGGUCUGUCGGAUUUUCGCGUUCGUGACAAUAAAGAGAGUCCCACGCGUGACGGCA